UAGGCUGAUAUAAUAUUUUAGAGCAACGGUAGUAUUGUAUCAAACUCAACCUACUCAUCAGCAAAUAAGCAAAGACAAGCAUUUGGCGGGUUCUUCCUUUAAGGAGCUCUUCCUUCUUCUUCUUCUUCUUCUUCGUUGCUUGAGAUGGCUACUUUGGUGAAGCUUGUGCAGCCACCAUCUCUAAUGGCUUUUACUCACCAGCCAUGGCAGCAACACCAAGCCAAGUUUGGUGAGCUGCUAAAGUUCAGAUUGGUAAACCCUAUAAAAACUGCAACACAAAGUUCAUCAUCUACAUCCUCUUUGGAAGUUUCUCAAAUCAAGGAGAAUUUUUCUCAAGCACUCCAGGGGAUUAACAGAGGGGUAUUUGGGACAACAUCUGGGAAGAAGUCUGAGAUUCAGGAGCUGGUGCAGCAGCUAGAAUCCCAGAACCCAACUCCAGAUCCCACUCUCAAUCUUCACAAGGUGGAUGGAUGUUGGAAGCUUAUAUACAGCACAAUCAGCAUAAUGGGUGCAAAGAGAACAAAGCUAGGGUUGAGAGAUUUCAUCACCUUGGGUGACCUCUUCCAAAUCAUAGACGUAGCCGAGAGCAAAGCAGUGAAUGUGAUAAAGUUCAAUGUGAAGGGACUGAACCUGUUGAAUGGUCAGCUGGCAAUUGUAGCCUCCUUCAACAUUGAUUCCAAAUCAAGAGUUACAAUUACAUACAGAGAAUCAACCAUCACACCUGACCAGCUGAUGAAUGUGUUCCAGAAGAACUAUGACCUUCUUCUCAACAUCUUCAACCCCGAGGGGUGGCUCGAGCUCACAUAUGUUGAUGAUGAGAUGAGGAUAGGAAGGGAUCAAAAGGGUAAUAUCUUUGUCUUGGAGAGAUCUGAAGAACAGAUUUGUUUGUAACACUUAGUUUUUGCUUAGCAAAGUUGGAUGCUGUUCAUGGCUAAUUUUUCAGAAGGUUAUACAGACUAUAGACACAUAACUCAUUGAUGUUUACUCAUUUGUAUAGACAUUUUUGUUAUUCUAUGGAAUCAAUGGAAGCUAAUGUGACUGAGCUCCUACUGUAUUGAUGUUUAGAGACCAAAAAUGUUAGUAAGGUUAGUUUUGGG